AAAGUGACGCUGCAAGUUUGUUCGAAAGUCAAGGACAGAGCACGCGACCUGCGUGUGUCAACAACGCAGUCAUCAGUUCCAGUGUGGAAGAGAAGGAGGAAGGUUGUACUGGUGAAGCCGUCAGAAUGCCGAUUGAUUUGUACCAUAUUGUUGGUAGUCCUCCCUGCCAUUCCGUCCGGCUCCUGUUGAAAACGCUGGGAGUUGGGGUCAACCUGAAAUCAGUCGACUUGCUAAACGGAGAAAACAAGUCACCGGAAUUUACCAAGAUGAACCCGCAACACACCGUUCCGACGUUAAAUGAUAAUGGAUUUUAUGUGGCCGAGAGUCGCACCAUACUGGGCUACUUGGUAGAUCAGUAUGGCAAAGAUGACUCACUGUACCCAAAGGAUAUAAAGGAACGUACACGAAUAAACCAGAUUCUUUACUUUGAUUUGGGGACUCUGUAUCAACGCUUCUCUGAUUACUAUUUUCCAAUUAUUGAAACUGGAAAAUGUGGUGAGCCAGGGAAACUAGUGAAACUUGAAGAGGCAUUCCAGAUUCUGGACAAAUAUCUGGAAGGUCAGAACUGGGUCACAGGAAAACACCUCACCAUUGCUGACUUCACCGUUGUAUCUACAGUGGCUUCCAUUGAAUGCGUUGGGUUUGAUGUCAGCAAGUAUGCUAAUGUGUCCAGAUGGUAUUCAAAUGCACAGAAAAAACUGCCUGGCUAUGACGAGAUUGUUGGGAGUGGGUGUAAGGCCCUUAAGGAGUAUUUUGAUCAAUAUAAGAAGUAAACAGCAGGUUUCAUAUUAUGGGCUCAAAAUAAGAAGUUCAGAAAGCGAAAUGUGUAAUUUCAAUGCAAAAUAUUACUUACAAUAUUUUAUUAAAGAUCUAUAAUGAGCACAAAUGAACUUCAUGAUCAUCUUUGCUUAAAUGUUUCUAAUGUUUGAAAAUUGUUCAUUAUUUUCUUAUGUUUUUCUAGACAAACAGAAAUUUGUGUUCAUUGUGGGGUAUAUGUACCUUCGACAUGGUUGAAUAUAGAGAUCAAAUUGUGGUGGGUUAAAACUUUUUGAUACAGUUAGAAUUUAUGUAAAGAAUUAGGGUGAUAAUGUGAUUACUAUUGCACAUUAUACUACAGAGAAAAUAUAAUACAGUAUUCUUUAUAAGCUCUUGAAAUGGCACUUUUGUGGUGUAUGUAAGUGUAUCUUUUACCUGUAUGUAACCCUCUUCUAAAAGUUUAACUAAGACUGUCUGUUAUUAUGUUUUGUCCGAGAUGAGAGAAUAAUCAUUUUGGGUGUACCAAGAAAAUACAUGGAAAUAUUUAGAAAUUUCAUUCCAGUAUAAAAUUAAUUGCACAAAAGAAUUAAAAAUAUAUUAAUUUUCUUAACAAAUUUCAAGGAUCUAGGAGCAUGUAGCUCCUUGAUACAGCACAACAAUUUUCUGUUUGUACGGUCUACAAAGUACCUGUAAACAGCAAUAUCAGACAUUUUCAAGAAAAUUGUUUUCCUCAUGAAAAGUAUGCUUCAUUGUUUUCAGGCAGUCACUGAGGGCUUAUAAGAAGGUUGAUUCUUUUUCUUUUGAGCUUAGGGUUAUUUGCUUCCAUGACCAAAACCCAGACUCGAAGUCUGCCAUUUGUCAGACAUCAACAAGUGCCUGUUCUGCAGACAUGAAACUCAGUACACUCUGAAAGUCACUCUGCAGUUAGCAGUACUAUAGCAUGUAUUCAUUCUAAAAGAAUAAAAUACUUAUAUGGAACUGCA